ACGCACCGCAACGCACCGCAGCGCACGCGUCGCGACGCGCAACAACGUACGCGCGUUAAACUCGCCUCCGCGGCAAUCGGCCGCGUUUGAGAAGAGUGCGUCUCUGGACUGUUAACUGCGAACUGAGAGUAAAAGAAGAAGAGAAGAGACGAGAACGCAACUCUCUCGCGCAACCAUCCUUGACUUCACUUUACGAACACUUUUCGUUAGAUUCUUCGAGUGCGGACACUCGGAGUCGUCGCGUCGGAGUCGCGGCAGUCUGUUCGAAGUGAAAUCGAGUUUCGCUGGCGAAGCGAUAGGAGUCCACGGUACACGUGGACGGAGCGCGUGUCAGGGUCGCUAAAACCGAGCAAGGGUGACACGCACAGGAAAGAAAGAAUCGAUUGUUAUUAAAUCGAAUUGAAAAUCCUUCAAACUGGGCGACGGAAAAGGAAAACAUCGACGGGUGAGAAUGGCGGACGAAGCCCAGCAAAGCCAACAGCCGACUACUAAAAGGCACAAAGUUCUAAGUCAUCUACCCAUCGUCAUCAAAGUGCUCGAAUUGAUACUGGCCAUUUUUGCAAUCGGUCUGUCAGUGGAUCCGAUGAACUCGUUCCAACGCAUUUUCAACAGAUCGCGAUUCAAGCUGGACGAUGCAGCCACUAUCUACGUCUCGGUCGCCGGAUAUAUUCUCAUCAAUGCACUCUUCAUCAUUAGCCAUAUGCUGGGUGAUCGCGUGCCAAAAAGAACGUUGCUGAUGUUCGCAACCGUAGGCGCGUUUAUGCACGUGGUAGCCGGAAGCUUGAUGGUCCAUAAUUGGCGCCGGAUGAAUGGUCCUUACUAUUAUAUGUACAACAACGAGACUCAUCCUAGCAAGCAGUACAUGGAUAUGCUUAUAUCAGCAGCCGUGUUUACAUUCGUGAACGCAGUGGCAUUUGUCGCGGAAAUUGUCGCCAUUAUAAGAUAUGCGUGAAUAUGUGCGUCUUUGCAAGAAAGUCCAUUGAUUCAAGCGAGUUGAAAGACUCACGAGUAUCACCAAAGCUAUGGAUAGUCUAUUUAAAAAGAAAAAGAAGGAAUAUAUAUGAAAGAUUUUAAUUUUUUAACAUUUAUUACACAUAAGCAAUUUCAUAAAACUUUCUGAAAUUUAUAUGACUAUUAACUUGAUAUUUCAAUGGCAGCAUUCAGCAAAGAAAGCAGCUUUGAUUGGUGAUGAUAAUAAUAUGUGAGGAACUUAUAUAUAGGGCAAAACCAAUCGAGAGGGAUUCGAUAGCGCACAUCGCUAAUUGGUCAAUUUAAAAUAAAAUAUUCUCAUUGGUAAAGCAGUAAAAAUCGGAACUCACCCGACCAAUCAUAUUAAAGAAUAUUACAACAGUUGCAAAGCUACUACCUCUACUCUAAAGCAGCUUUUAUGAAACAUUAUUUUAUAAAACGAAAAAGAUUUAAGAAAUUAAAAAUUAAAAAAUUGUGUAUUUAUCGAAUCGUCACAGUUUUAAUAUUAUCUGUUGAGGAAAGAUAUGAGGUGCUAUCUAAACUUUGAAAUAGUACCCUUGGACAUGAAUAUAGAUUUCAACGUGGUUUUUUCCAUUAUUUCAUAAAAUUCAAGUGGGAAUGUUUUAAGCUCCUGUAAAUUUGCCAGGAUCCCGUCAAUCAAGUGUCAAAACGACGGCCUUUCAAUCGAAAGUUCAUCUUGGAGAACAGAAAAAAAUCACAGGGAGCACGGUCUGGAGGCGAAUAGAAUAGAUAGAUGGGCAAUCACUAUCAUGUUUCUGAAAGUCAAAAAUUAUCGAACAACGAACGAUGUUUGAAGGGGCGUGUUGUCAUGACGGAGAACUCAGUUGUUGUUCUCUUAUUUGUUUAGGCGUGACCUGAUGCUUCUCUGUAACCACUUUAAAACUUCACAAUAAAACUUCCUAUAUUGUGGGUUUGACUAAGAAAGACAAAUAUCUUAUGGAUAAGGAGAGUCUCAAGCAAAAUUGUCGGUGUUUAAAACACUUACACUUGAA